GCGAAUCCUGACUGUUGUAUGUUUUUUUUUACUUGUCAGGUUUAGCGCCUGUGCUGCUUUACAUCAUUUAUUGGACUUCCUUCUGGUAUGUUAUGGAUCUCCUGUUGACCAGGAAAAUUCUCCCCCCCAUUCCUCUCAGCCUCCGAGAAAGCCUUACGCAUAUCCAUAUCCAUCAUUGGGUGCUUCAGUAAACAGCAUGAGCCAGCUUCGCGAGAUACUACCCCUCCUAUGCGCGGCUAUUACAGGUCUGUGGUUGGUACCUAAAUUGCAAGGCUGUGUGCAUAAACAGCCUUAUAUAUCUCUUUCACCCUCCAGCUUCCGGUAUUCAUAUCCUCAUCGUCUAGCCCUUGACACGGUAGAAUCAAUGUGGAUCUUUAUAUUAUAGUCACCUCUGCUAUUCUUCACUGAAAUGCGUCCCAAAAGCCGGAAUGAUUUCACGAUCGCGAUUAUAUGCGCCCUUCCUCUCGAGGCUGAUGCCGUCGAAGCCUUUUUCGAUGAAACCUAUGAUCGGUUGGGCAGAUACUACAGCAAACAACCAGGCGAUAGGAAUGCAUAUAUUAAUGGCAGAAUUGGCAGGCAUCAUGUGGUCCUGUGCUACUUGCCAGGCAUGGGAAAGGGGAGCGCAGCCAGUGUUGCCUCAAGCCUACGAGUGAGCUAUACUGGCGUCCAUCUUGCUCUAGUGGUUGGUAUAUGUGGAGGGGUUCCAUCAAUAUCAAACGAUCAGAAGAUAUUUCUAGGCGAUGUUAUUAUCAGCGAUGCUGUGAUCGAGUACGACUUUGGGCGACAAUACUCUGGUGGUUUUCAACGAAAGACCGGUGUCAAGGAGACACUUGCCAGGCCAGAUCAAGAAAUUCGGAGCCUUCUUAAUGGUCUUAGGGCUGAUAAGACCAGCCGUGAAAUUGAAAGCCAGAUACUUGAGUAUCUUCAUGUGAUUCAGCAAGGAGACAAAAAGUGGAACCAUCCACAAAUUGAUGAUAUUCUUUUCAGAGCUUGUCACCUCCACAAGCAUUACAAUCAUUCUAUCGAAUGCUGUUGUUUGCAGAGUGACUCUUUUGAUAGCAUUUGCGAAAACGCACUGAAGGAAAAUUGCAAUGAUCUUGGAUGUGAUAACGAGGAAAUCAUACGUUGCCGAAAGCCUUCAGAAAAUGCCCGAGUUUCAGCAUAUAUUGGUACAGUCGCCUCUGCUGAUACAGUGAUGAAAUCAGGACAACACCGCGAUAGUAUAAGUCAAAAAGAAGGCGUUAUUGGCUUUGAGACGGUGGGAGCAGGGGUGUGGGAUAAUAUUCCAUGUAUUAUCAUUAAGGGUGUGUGUGACUAUGCAGACAGCCACAAGAACAAUUUAUGGCAAGCAUAUGCAGCAGCAACUGGAGCGGCAGCAGCAAAGGCUUUCCUGGAAUACUGGAGGCCUUCUGGCCAAGAAGAUGCGAGCAACAAAUGUCACUCAAUGAUCCCAUUUGAGAGAAAUCCGCGUUUUGUGGGCCGCCAGGAAGAAAUCCGCAUGCUAGAGGAUCUCAUCUCCAGGUCCAAUGGACCAAAAAAACUUGCGAUUACUGGAUUAGGCGGCACUGGGAAAACCCAAGUAGUGCUUGAGCUUGCUUACCGCAUGCAGGACAGAGAUUCUGAUUGUUCCAUUUUUUGGAUUCCCUGUACCAGCCACAAAGCUAUUGAACAGGCAUGCAUGACCAUCACACAAAUGAUAGGGAUCCAGGAUGCGAAGCCAGCAGAGGUGAAAGAGCAUAUCAAGGAUUAUUUCAGCCAAAAAGACAGGAAAUGGCUUCUGAUUUUCGACAACAUUGACGAUAUGGAUAUGUGGACCAAGUGCAGCAGUACCUCCCCGCCACUAAAGGAUUUUUUCCCUCACAAUAACCAAGGUCAUAUUAUCUUUACUACUCGCAAUCGGAAGUUAGCUGUAAAACUAGCGUCUUCUGUUGUGAUACAUGUCCCCGAACUUGAUGAAAAAACAGGUAUAGAGCUUCUGAACAAAUUAUUAAUUCAGAAAGACCUGCUUGACAACAUCCAUCCAGCAAUCAAUCUUCUUGAACAGCUUACUUUUCUCCCAUUGGCUAUUGCCCAAGCUGCAGCAUAUAUCAACGAAAACGGUAUAGGAGUGUCUGAAUACUUGCUGCUUCUACAAGAACCAGAGGCAGAUGUUAUAGAGCUACUGAGUGAGAAGUUUUGUGAUGAUGGACGCUACAAUGAUAUGCAAAACCCAGUAGCUAUAACCUGGCUAAUCUCGUUUCAUCAGGUUCAGAAGCUUGACCAACUUGCUUCUGAUUAUCUAUCACUUAUGGCCUGCAUUCAUCCGCGCAAUAUACCACAAUCCUUUCUCCCACCAGCAGCAUCUAGAAAAAAGAUGGUUGAUGCUCUUGGCCUUCUGAAUGCAUAUUCGUUUAUUACAAUCCAGCCUGAGAAUGGCUUUAUCACCCUCCAUCGCUUGGUACGCCUGGCAACUCGAAAUUGGAUGAUAAAGGAGGGACGGUUUCCACUCUAUAUUACUAAAGCAGCAGAUCGAAUGAACAAGAUCUUCCCCCACGGUCCGCAUGGCAAUCGACAGCUUUGGAGGGAGUGCCUACCUCAUGCACUGUCCUUCUCAGAAGAGAAUGAGUUCAAAAAGAGACAAGAGCGGUAUAUUAACUGUAUUUGGAAGAUGGCGAGCUGUUUCGAUCGUGGCGGGAGAUAUAAUGAAGCAGAAGAGCUGCUUGUGCGGGUAAUAAAGACCUGGAAACAGGUGCUCGGGCCAGAGCAUCCUAACACUGUGACUAGCACGGGCAGUCUGGCAUUGACAUACCAGAGUCAAGAACAAUGGAAGGAAGCCGAAGAGCUAUUUCCGCAGGCGAUAGAGACUCAGAAACCUGAUACUCUGACUAGCAUGGCCAACCUGGCCUGUACCCGGAAACCCCAAGGAAAAGACGAAGAAGCUUUAGAGUUGAUGAUGGAGAGCUGCUCAGUGGCUGUAUAACACAGUACGUACUGGGGCCGGAUCACCUACUAGCCCUAUCUAUCCUGUUCUUGCAUCCUCGGCAACUGGACGAAGUGGAUUAGUUUCUAUACAAUGCCGGGGGCCUGUAACUAGUUAUGUAUGUAUAGUUAGCAAACCAAAACAGUACUUUUUGUGUAAGAUUAGAACUAUGUACAUAAGAGGUGAAAGCUACUUAAUCUAAUAUUA